GUUGUUGAACAGAGACACUAUUAUAGGGGAGAAAAAUCCACAGCCUUGGGAUCAUAUUAUUAUUCAAACACAAGAGGGCAGCAGGGCCAAAUGAAUCAUUUAAUGUUGGGUUUGUCUUUGUGCUUAUUGCCAGUCUGUGACCUUUAUGGGGAUGAAUGUUUGAAGUUUGCAAUGUCUUGAUAAAGGUCACAGACUGAAAUGCUAGCAUUAGAUGUGUGUUAGAUGAGUGUUAAUUAAGUGAAUAGAAAGAAGGGGUUUCCUAUCAGCUCAAUUUCCAUGGGAAUUGUGAGUCUUAAAAAUCCCAUUAAAGCUUUGUGGAUAAAACUGUGAUGAAAUUACUCAUUUGAUGUGUUCAAGACUCACAGAAAAUGAGAAGAUUAGAGGAAUUAUUGAAGCUUUCUUUAGGUUGAUAUGGGGUUGACCUUUGCCUCCAACACGAGAGAGUGCCUUGCUGUCUGACAGAACCUAAUCACAGGUCAAAGUCUGCUCUCUGGUUGGCAGAGCCAGUAGGAGCAGAGUCUGUUUUUGUCCCUCACUGUCUCCGCUCCUCUCACCCUGCUAACAACACCUCGCCUUGAGGAGAGCUUCCUUUGCUUGGAUUGUCACCGGUUCAACACCAUGCUGCUUCAGACUGUGGUCCUUCUCCUCCUCUGCGUGUCCACGGGCAUGUGUGCCACUUUGGGCCACUACCAGACUCAAGCAAAGGAGGAGGAGGAGGCCCCUGCUGUUACUGAUGGUGCUGGAGCAGCUGCCUCUGUAGAGGAACCUAAAGAAGAUAUAGCUCCUGCAGAUGCCAGAGUAGGUGAUUCACCUGCAGUCGAGGUACCGGCAGCUGACUCCCUUUUUGGUGACAAUCUACUUGCAAAAAUACUUUCAGUGGAUAGCCCAGCAGCUGACAAACCUGAAGUAGAUGUCCCCGUAGCAGAUGGUGCAACAGCCAAAGAGCCAGGGACGAAAAGCGAUAGGCCUGCUGGAGAUGCCCCUGCUAUGGAAGCUCUUACUGCUGAAGCUGUCGCCCAGGAGCAACCUUCUUCUGAGGAGGAGUGGAAUGAAAUCAAACCAGUCCAGACAAUCCAGUUCCUGAACAGACCCUUGGUACUUGAAGAUGAUAACAAUUGGAGCCUCAACUCUAUCAGAAGUAGUUUCCAGACUGUGCACGGAUACUUUGACUCCCUGGUAGAGCUGGUGGGGGGACACAACGGUGUAUGUCAAUACCGCUGCAGAUAUGGAGAACCACCUCAACCACGUCCAGGCUACCAACUCCCAGAGCCCAACGGCUGCAGCUCCUCUCUGGUGGGAUUCCAGGUGAAUAAUGCUCUUGACCUGGGGAUCCCUGCUAUGACAGAAUGCUGUAACCAGCUCGACAUGUGCUAUGACACUUGCGGGACAAGCAAGUACGACUGUGACGCCAAGUUUCGUUCGUGUCUGUAUGGCAUCUGCUCUGACCUUAAUAAGAGUCUGGGCUUUGCGUCGAAGGUCCAAGCCUGUGAAUCCAUGGCAGACACGCUCUACAAUACAGUGUGGACUCUUGGUUGUAGACCUUACAUGAACAGCCAGAGGGCAGCGUGUGUCUGCGAGGGAGAGGAGAGGGAUGAACUGUGACACAGGAACACUAUGGAACAACUCCUGGAUGCUUUCGCAGACAAAUAACAGAAACAUGGGUAUUUCCACAGAUUGUAUUGGCUUUUUUUGUCAGAGGAGAUACUUCACAAGAGCCCUCUCAAGACAAGGAGACGUAAAUGGGGACUGCAAAUGAAUAGUUUCUCAGGCUUUAUUCAUAGGCAGUACAGAUAUUAGGUAUCUGAAUAUGACUUUCAGAAUCUUAUUUAAUUGCUUAUGCAUGUUAUACUCUCCAUACUCCAUUUCAUUUUAGGCCAUUUUUAGGCCUCUAUAACUCCAUUACCAUAAAUUACUUUGAUGACUCCACACAAAGAGCCCGAUGGGACGGAUGUUGUAGUUGGAUUAAUUUCCUCUAGAUAGAAAGACAAGAUAAUUACUAUGGCUCACAUGGUUCGUUGUUUGCUGCUAUUUAUCACAAUAGUCUGCUCAAACCAAUGUCGUGUCAAUGUAAUGCCUAUUACAGCUACUAUGUUAAUGUCUGAUGUAAGUUAUUUCUUAUGAAUAAAUGCCUGACUAAUUGCAGUUUAACUGACAUGAUUAAUUCUAGAUUAAUUGUCAGAGUGAUGAAGCGCAUGCAUAUUUUCCGGGCAUGGCCAAGUGACAUCUCUUUUCCACCACACUGGAAUGUGUGGUGUGCUCGUCCAUCAGCCAUCGAUCACACCGAGCAAAUGAGUCAGAAUACAUAUAUGGAUGUUCUGCAUAUCAUUUUUUUUAAGUCAGUGAUGCUUUGAAAUAUAAACCACUUUUAUAAAUCCACAAAAUCUUUAAGCUGUGAUCAAGCCUGAGAAAUGCCUGAAAGUGUGACCUAGAAAAAGAUCCUUCAUGCUGUAGUUGUUACAAAUGAACUGUGGCCCCUCCGAGUGAUUUCUAAUAGAAAUGUCAUUCACUUUAAUGUCAAUAAAUUGUGCUGCCAGGCAAAGUGGCAAAGCCACAUAAAACUUGGAUGUAUUAACCAGAAUUUAAGUGAUCUACAGCAGUGUGACUGACACUGGAACUAAUAGGAAUAAAGAAGAGUGUAUAUACUGUAUAUCUGCAUGUAUAUAUGUAUAUGAGGGACAGCACAAUGGACUGCCCUGUGUAUGCCUGUCUGGUGUUUUAAAUGCUAAAUAAACUGAAAUGGUCAGUC